CAUGCAAAUGCAACCCCAUCAGGCCUGUUCACUAGAAGAGUAAAGAAAGUUUACGGUAGUGGCUGAACAUCUCGUGCUUCUCAAUGUUGCUAGUAAUGAUAAACGUUUGUUGAAACCGAAGCUGAGCAGAGGAGGGUCGGUCUGAUGGGUUGGAGUGAAGUAAUCUUCAUGCUCUUCUUGUACAAUGUUCUGCAUUAUGCAGAUAGUAAGGUGAUAGUCAGAGCGACAGACGUCACGACCAGAGGUAAGACCUUUCAGGUCACGUGCAGAGUCGAGGACGAAGAGCUGAUUGGAUGGUUUGACAAGGAAGGAAAUCAGAUCACAUCAACCAAUAUUUUUGCUGCUAAAUACUAUGUACAAAGUGAACCAGAUACACCCAAUGAACUAACACUAUAUGUGGUAAACGUGGAGGUCAAGGACGGGGGAGACUAUUCAUGCAGAGGAUCCAAGAAUAUUGGCAACUUUGAGCUGUACGUUGAGUUCUACGUCGUCGAGUUUCCGAAUUCUUUUACAAUGAACGUUGGUCAAAGUGCAAUCAUUCCCUGUAAGGGAAUUGGCUAUCCCAAGCCAGCCAACCGCUGGUACAAGAAUUGGCAGUCUCAAGAACUAGGGCGUACCUCAGAUGAUCGAUAUGAGAAGCUUGCUAACGGUUCACUUUACAUCAAGAACGUCACAGUGGAAGACGCCUCCAACUAUACAUGUCGGAUUUUGCAGUUUGAAGGAAAGAAGGUCGCAGCUCGAGAAGAGCGAAAACACAUUCAAGUCAUUGUGUAUGGUCCCCCAGUCCUUAAUAAAAAGAAGUCCACCAAUGUUGUAUAUUCAUACCAAGGCAAUCCAAUUAAAGUCCCUAUCUCGUGCAGCUGGUGGGGAUUCCCCAUACCAAAUAUGAAUUUUACUAAACCGAACCGAGCGUUACUCAGGGAUGUGUCACUCAGUGGUAGGACAAUUAACGGUUAUUUAUCAACCACAAAUAAACAAGACUUCGGUGUAUAUAUAUGUUUUGCAUCGAAUAAGCUGGGUACAAGACGACACAAGAUCUAUGUCAAAGAAGCUGAUGGACCACUCUCUCCUGUUAAUAUUACAUUUUCUACCUAUUGUGGUUACAUCACGGUGCUCUGGAGCACGCCGUCCUUUGAUGGCGGCCUUCCCAUCAUCCUUUACGACCUUGAGCUAAUACACAAUGGCAAGAGAGUAGACGACGCAUCAGCUGGAAGCACCAAGAGAAGGUUUACAUUUAAUGGCGGAAUCAUCAAGCCUAAUACUCGGUAUACCGUGCGAGUACGAGGAAGAAACAAGGCGAAAGAAGGAACUUGGUAUACAGAACACGUCUACUCUGAUAUCUGUCCUCCACGUGGUGUCAGUAUAACCAAUCAUCAGACAAGACUUAACUCGACACGUUUCACGUUAACCUGGACAGGUCCCCAUGACAACGGUGGGGACCCAAACGUUACAUACGUCAUAGAGUACAGCAAACAAGAUGAUGACGGCAAGUACGUUUACUGGGUGACGGUAAAGAACAUCACGGGAAAGCAGUAUAAUGUAACGGGACUCCAAAGGGGAAACAAGUAUCAAUUCCGUGUUGUAGGAGUGAAUAGGAUGGGACAAAGUGAUGCUGGUGAGAAAGAAUUUCUGGUUACUGAAAGUGCUGUCACCGAUAAACCACCAACAACAAAACCCAAAGAUCCAGAGGGAGAGUUGGUUUACGACUUCAAAGUGAACUGUACUUCACUCGUCAUUCAAGUUGAUUUGACCAUCAAUAACUUCCCCAACAUCGAUCGUGACUCUUUUCGCUUGAGGGAUCCCUCUUGUCAACCGUACAAGAAAACAGACAGUCACGUCAUACUACGAACAAGACUUGACGGUUGUGGGACAACCAAUCAGCAUCGCAAUUUGUCUGUAACGUACUACAAUAGCGUGACAGCUCGCGUUGCUAAGACACCAUCAAAGAUGCAUAUUGUGGAAUUUCCGUUCAGUUGUACCUUUAUCAAGAUGAGGACAAUAGGAACACCAAGCUUUCAGCCGAGAAAAAAAGUAUCAGUUGUUGAAGAGGGUUUUGGUAAUUUCUCGUUUGAGAUGAAUCUCUACAAGUCGUCUCAGUUCAAAGUUCCAUAUGACGUGUCCGAGUAUCCAGUCAAUGUCCCUGUCACCAAAAAUUUGUUUGCAAAAACAACAUUACUUUCUUCCGAUAAAAAUCUCGAGGCACUGGCCUACACGUGCAUUGCCACUCCCUCCAUCAACUCUAAAGAUCAAUUACAGUACUCGUUUAUAGAGAAUGGUUGUCCCCUUGAUAGCACUGUCAAGUUUAAACCAAUCCCUGGUGUUGAACAACGAUUCCAAAUGUUACCUUUCAAGUUUCGAAACACUUCACAGUCAGUUAUUUACCUUCACUGUCGCGUGAUGGUUUGUCAUAAAGAUGAUCAAGAGUCACGCUGUCGUAAGGGUUGUAUACCAAACUCAAGAGGUGCAAGAGAUGUAGAGAUGUCUCGCCGAUCAACUAUUCAUAGCGUGACGUUAGGACCCGUUCAAGUGUUAAAUCAAGGACUAAAAGAUGCGAGCCAUUCUCCUUCUGAACAUACGAGUACGAAUAUGGGAGUUCUACUAGCAGCUAUUUUGGGUACUAUUGUGGUCAGCCUCAUCCUCUUCUUAUCACUUGUUUAUGCUCUACGUCACGCAGUCAUCCAUCAACAACAGAAUGUUUUGCUACAAGUACCUACCGAGUCUGACAAUCUCUAGAAAUGCAACGCUACUCUUCAUAACCUAAUGAUUAUUGGAUGUCAGUCCUGCCUGGGUCGUCAAGCCUGGUUUACUAGCAGACGCAACUCCAUUUACUCACAAUGAAGAGAAGCGACGCAAGCGCAAGAGGACGGAAGAUUUUUUCUCGCAUUGUCUAGCACUCUUGCUAAUGGUUUCGUCGACUUGCGUCACUAGUUAGAACCAGGCUUAACUAGCCAAUGAAUAGGUCAAUAAAAUGUUGGCGUCAAAUCGUAGGUUUAUCAAUAGAACUUUCCGAAGUAAUACAAACUAAAAGUGCAUGUCGUCUGACUUUAAUGUACAAACAUAUGAGAUUUGUUUAGUUUGUACGAAUACCUUACCCAACGUUGCUCAUGUUUAGUACAGAAAUAUUUUUAAUGGUAUAUUAACAAUUAAGGAUGCUGAUUUUUCUAAUUUURAAUGCUAAGCAAUUGUUAGGUCAUUUUCUAGAGUUCUGUGAGAAAAGGAGAAUUCAUUUUUCAGUAAAACUAAUCAAGGAAGAGUGAGCCGUUUUUGACGACUAAUUCGAAAUGAUGAUCUAUUCGUACUUUCGCUGCAAGAAAUCAGUGCUAUGUGAAACAUCCAUCAAGAUUCUUAAGUUGAUAUUAGCAGCGUUUUGCGCGCUAGCCUUGCAACAGCUGUCAUUAGCGAAUAACGCAUCACUCCUAGUAUUCUUCGUUUGCACGUUACGUCAUCGCGGCCAUGUUGGUGCCAUUUAACAAAAGAUUUCUCAUUAGCAUCCAUUGUUGACGGUACCACAAUGGCCGCCAUGUUUUUGUCUUUUAACUCUUGGGAAUGCUUGCAACCCAUCAAUAACUGCCGUCACCUAACAUAUUAUAUAUGAUACUGUAUUUUAUUAUAAAUACUUCCAAUUCGAGCUCGCCUUUGCUUAGUCUUAGCCUCGAUUGUGUACACGUACUACGGAACAAUACGAGGUAAUUAGAAUUCCACGGGUUUUGGUCGAAUAGCUGAAUAUCAUAACGCAUAAUAGCAAAGAUAACUCGAAACUAGAGUAUUAAAGGUUAUAUUUGUUAUUCGAUGAUAAUAAAAUAAUUCUAACAACA